AUGACCAAUUUGAUUAAUCUCCAAGAACUGAAGAUCAGAAGAAUAGGGGCAUCAAAAGUGGAGUCAGUGUUGUCAUCAAUUGCUAAGUUGAACAGAAUUCAAUCAUUGGAACUGCAUCUAUCAACUCAUCCAGAGUAUGUGGCAUUUCCAACCCUGGUACCCUUCUCUCAUUGUCAUCACCUUCGAGCUCUAAGCUUAUGGGGAAAGAUAGAAAGGUUACCAGAAGAUCCAUACCAUGAAUUCCCACCCAGAUUGACUGAAUUAUGCUUGGGGGAUUCAAUGGUAGGGCCAGAGGCAAUUGCCAUAUUGGAAAAGUUGCCCAAUUUGAUGUCCCUUUCUUUAUCCAUAAAUUCAUAUAUGGGGAAGGAAAUAGAAUGUUCUACACAGGGCUUUCCCCAACUCCGUAUGUUAGGCAUGGAUUGGUUGGAAUCAAAGGAGUGGGAAAUCAAGGGAGGAGCAUUACCGAGGCUUAACCUUCUACAUAUUGAGGAUUGCUACAAUUUGAAGAAGAUACCUAUUGGAUUGAGGUUUGUUGCCUCCCUCCGGGUGUUGGAAUUAUGUGAUAUGUCUGAAGAAUUUUGGGACAGAUUUCAUAGAGGAGAGGAUGCCCAUGAAAUCAGAUGCAUCCCUUCCAUUGUUAACAUCAGAAGGUGA